AUGACCUUGAUGAGAAUGGUGCCUAGAUGGGGUCGACUGCCGGCGGGCGUGUAUCGGGUCAAGCCGAUGCGCUCAUUCUACCAUCGAAAUGCAUCGCACAUCGAAUCUGAAUUUGUUACUCCUAACGCAAGGCAAUUUCCUGCUUCGUUCGUGGUGCCGACAGCCAUGCCUGACAUGUCUCAGCGAACAGCUGAAGAAGCAGAGCAUCGGAAGCAUAUUCUUGCAAUUUUGCACGGAAUGAACCUCCCCAUAAUGCAGUAUGCUUUUGCAUACGGAUCUGGUGUAUUUAGCCAAGCACCACUGUCCCGGAGAGAUGGUGGGGCACCGCCCAUGAUUGAUAUGGUGGUGGCCGUGAAAGACCCGGUGCAUUGGCAUGCGGCCAAUAUGCUCAGGAACAAGUCGCAUUAUCCUUGGUGGACACGAUGGUUUGGUUUAUGGGCAAUUCGUGCUGCGCAAAAGAUGGGCGCAGGACUGUGGUAUGUACCGUACGUCAAGGUAAAUAAUGAGAUUAUCAAGUACGGUGUGAUUUCGAUUGAGGAUUUGUGCAAGGAUUUGUUGUACUGGAAUACAUUGUAUGUGGGGGGACGCAUGCACAAACCCAUUGCAUGCUUGUUUGAUGCAACAAACAAUCGCGUGCCAAAUGCCCAGCAAGCGAACUUGACAUCCGCGUUGCGUGCAUCGCUCCUCUUGCUACCCGCAUCAUUCUCAGAGAUGGAAUUGUACCGUAUGCUUGCGUCUCUAAGCUACAUGGGCGACUUCCGCAUGAAGGUACCGGGUGGUGAGAACCGCAACAAGGUGGAGAACAUUGUCAAGCACCAGCUGCCCUGGUUCCGGAUCAUGUACUCGACCUUGCUCACAAGGCUUCGCUUCGUGCAUGUGAAUCACAAUGAAGAAUCAUUUACGAUGCACCAAGACAAGCGGCCAGCCACCCUCGCUCUCGUCGCGAUAAACUUGCCUCAGACCUUGCGUCUCCGUCUCGUCCAGCAUUUUCAGCGUCAGCCGCACUUGCAUCCCGUCUUUCACAAGUGCAAGGAUAUGGACCCGGAGGAAUUAAUGCCCGCUACGUCGGCCAACAUUCGAAAACUGCGGGAUAACCCGGAGACGCGAAAAAAGCUUUACGAGGACGACGACUGUGAGGAAGCAGAUGAAUGGCCUUAUUCCACGCGAUUUUGGCUUGCAGUUGUUCAGCAGCCGUCAUUUGAGGACGCUUUGCGUGAGCAAAUCGUCCAGAUCGUAUCCGAACCCACGAGGAUUCAAUCACUGAAAGGACUCUAUACGGCGGGUAUCGGUCGCUCCCUGCGCUACCUGUGGUCUAAGAUGAGUAAGUAUAGCCAGAGUCGAAAGAGAGUCUAUGGAUCAGGGGACAAGGACAAAGGUAGGCAUAGCGGUUAG